CCUUCAACUUGUAAACUUGGAAAAAGUGGCCUCUGCUGAAUGCUGUGUCAAACAACAGGAAAAAUCAUCAUGUCUGGAGCUAUUAAGAAGAGCACCGGUCUUUUUGGUCUCGCUGUUGAAGCCAAACCCCAUGAGAAAUUGCAGAUUCUUUACUCCAAGAUUUUGGUCGCCCUGCAAGUGCUCCCAAAGGACGCCUCGUACAGAAAGUACACAGAGCAGAUUGUCAACGGCAAACUAGAAAUGGUCAAAGAAGAACCCAAUAUACAGAAACUAGAAAAGAAAAUCAACUGUGGUCAAAUUGAAGAAGUUAUAUUGCAGGCUGAAGCUGAACUGUCUCUAGCACGAAAUAUGAAAGAAUGGAAUUCGGCCGAUCCUUUAAAGGAAGAAGCCCCUACAGGUCAAUGGAAGUGGCCAUGAGUCUUGCCCACCAUAGAUCACAUGACGUGUGACAUCAUUUGUUGACUUUCAGAAAGCCCUCUUUCUAGUGCCAGGUCAAUAUUUUACAUGAAUGCAAUAUCAUUUUCUCAGUCAAAAGCAGGAAUUCCUACAAAUGAUGCAUGCUUUGAAGAGUGCUUGUGAACAAUAAUCAAGUGUAGGUGUUUGGAUUUAAUGCGGCAAACUUGAGAUUGUGAUUCUUUUGUUCUGAUAGAGGUUUCUUGUUUCAAUUAAUACAAGUGUGUCACUAGUCACCAUUCCUUAGGUAGACUUGUGGACAAGGCGUUAAAUGUCUGUCUCGGUGAUAGCAUUCUGAGUCUCUCCGCGACACUGGCGAUAUUCUCGCAAGCCUGCUGGCCCCCGCAAGACUACCGCUCUCGCACUGCGCAGUCUCGUUUAUCGGGAGAGUAAUCGCCAGCAAGCAGUUUUGCGCAACAGCAGUAAUUGAUCGCGGAGAUCUGAAUCAUUACGCCACCACCCACCACUCCUCGACUAUCUCUCCACGACAAACCAUUAACGACUUGUCCACAAGUCUAUCCCUUAGGUUGUACAAAGAAAUUGAAGUAAUAAUGAGAUUUGUUUCUAGGCAUUGCCACGUUGUUUUGUUUGUUGGACUUUGAGUAACUUAAAAGCCAUUAGUGUCAUUGGUUUGAAGAAUGGUUUUUAUAUAAUUAUAAAAGGCACCUUUUGGGUUUAAUCUGCAAUCAUUAUUUUUCUAAUCUUCCCCAAAGAUUACUUGAAAGUAAUUUCCUACUUGGAAGGAUAAGUAGUUUUUGUUUUCCUCUUUUCAAAGUAAUAUACCCAACAAAAAGGUGUGAACAAAAACAAAAGGCUGGUGCAUUAUUUUGAAAUGAAAAAUUAGUAUUUAUCACACUUGUACACAAGAACUGAAGAAAUAGUCGCACUGUAAUAAAACAUCUUCAUAACCAAAAAAAAAAAAAAGACUUUGAAAAUCUUGGAAAAUUUAAAACAGUUGAGAAUAAAUUUCUUCUGUCCUCACUUCUUUUGAGAUUUGCAAAAGAUGACCCAAAAUAUAUCAGCCAUGUGAAACUUUAUCUGAAACUGCUAAAUGUUGGGUUAUUCUUAAUUUAAAGCUAUGUUGGAUGAAUAAACACUGUGUUAAUAUACCUGAAAACAAA